CAGUGUGCCCUUGCACUGCAGACACCGCAGAUAAUACAGAGCUUAUCGUUUAUAAUGCAUCUGCUGCUGCUGUUUCCGAUGCAUGGAUAUAUCUUCUAUAAUAACUGAUACUUCACACAUUGCAAUAACAACACCAAUGCCGUGUCUACACGAAAGGCCAGUGGGAGACAAUGGGAACUACAACUCCCAGAAUACCGCAAACAGAAUCUCCUCCCCGUUACGUCAGCGCCCCGCCUUUUAACGAGAACAACAAACACGCCCCUCUAGCGAGAGAGCCGCGCUUCGAUCUGGGCCAUUAAUUACAAUCUAGAGCAAUGGGGUCUGGUGCUGGAGAUGCAUGCACGUCGCUGUCGGGAAAUGAAAUAUAUUGCAGCGUCGAUCAAGGCCGGUACCUGUGCUGUACGAGCGGCAGAGGAGGCGUGUUCAAUAUAUGCAUUACAAACGUUUCAGACGUGUGGAGCACAGAGUUUACCAGUGAAAAGCUGUCUGAACAUAGACGCCUGCAUGGGGUCACCAGCACAGAGGAAUACAAAACCAGACUCCGGAAAGCCCUGCAGGGUGAGAGCGCCUCCCUGUUGGUGGAGGGAAGUACAGCCACGCUGCGGCUGGGGAAGGAUGACGACCCCAGAGGCCUGACCUUCCACCUCAGAAAGCUGCCUGAUGCCGAGACGAGGUCGGAGCUCCAGGCGGUGCUGUUUGGGAUGGCGGGCCGGGUCGUUGUGCUGGAGCAGCAGCUGGAGAGAGGGGGAGCUGCCAGCGCUAGCCCUGUGAAGAGCCGGGAGCGAUCAGCAGCAGACUUUGAACCCAGGAUGCACGAGACCGGAGGGGGCAGGACCGCCGCCGCGGUCAAGAAGCGGCUCCCAGGGGCCUCCCUCAUUAACCCGGGGAGUAAAAGGUAACAGCUCCCAGGGACCUCCCUCAUUAACCCGGGGAGUAAAAGAAAGAUGAAAGCGACUGGGGUUGCUUUUGAAGAUGCCGAGGAGAACAAGCAGUGAAGCUGGAAAGCGCUGUGCUGCAUUCAUCAAACUGGAGCGAACAGGUUCAGCAGCCAACAGCAGAGACUUCUCAUGUGCUUCACUGUGCAGAGCUGCUGUUGAUCUGAGUUGCCUUCAGUUUUAAACACAUCUGCAAAUUGGAUAUUUCAAGUAUGAAAGUGAUCUUGUGUCCUGUCUGCCGUCACUGAAGCCUUCGCUUUGAUGGGCGCUGCAGACUGCAUGAUAAACUCGCUGGAUUCCUGGUUUGUAGGAUAAGGAUGAACUUGGAUCAGAAGAACCAUCUGAAUUCAAUUUUAUACACGUUUUAACUCAUGCUUUUUAAACCCAGUGUAUUUUUAAACCCAAUUUCGUUUUUUUUAAAUAAAUAUUUUGUAACUCAUUGAUUCUUCUCCUUGACAGAAUAAUAAACUCUGUUAAAACCUUUACUAGCCAAUCACAAAGGGACAUCCCAAGUCAAACAGUUUAGUAAUCUGGAACUAAAACCUUUACUAGCCAAUCACAAAGGCACAUCCCGAGUCAAACAGUUUAGUAAUCUGGAACUAAAACCUUUACUAGCCAAUCACAAAGGCACAUCCCGAGUCAAACAGUUUAGUAAUGUAGAAUUAACUGACUGCUUUAUCAUACCGCUAAUAAUAAUAAUAAUAAUAGUAAUGUACACAGAGGCAAAGUCUUAAUACAUAUUUACAUUUUACUAUGUUCAAAAUACUUCAUUGCAAUGCAAUUACCAAUGCAAAACAUCCUUUAUAGUACACCUAAUGUAAGUAGAUUAAUA